AUGUCGACGGCCACUUCCCAAGAGUCCCAAACUACGGGCACCGCCACCCUUCCUGAAAAUCAGGAGCGGAAAGAAUACCUCGCUCUUCCAGAUGCGAAUAGUGUCGACUCUGCGACGCGACAGCUCGACGUCAGUGGUGAUGGGUCAUCCGUGAAGCUGGACCAUCUAGGCCCGUUGGUCGUCAAUCAGGAUGGAACACUAUCGAGAAUCUCCAACUGGGAGCAGAUGACCGAGAUCGAGCGGACAAAUGCAUUGAGAGUCUUGGGCAAGCGGAACAAAUUGAGGAUGGAUGCUAUCAAAAAGGAACAGAAACAGGGACAGGAAAACUAG